GAGCGGGAACGAGAAGAGAGGGAACGAGAAGAGAGAGAGGGAACGAGAAGAGAGAGGGGGAACGAGAAGAGAGAGAGAGUGAGAGAGAGAGGAGGAUGAGUGUGUACACUCUGAACCUGCGGGUGUUCUGGCCUCUGUUGACCUGUGUGUUGACAGGUCUGGUUUUCCACCAUCACAUAACCCACUGGCUAAGCCCAGAAUCAGGCCCAGAAUCAGGCCCCGAUCCUGGGUACGAGGCUGGGACAGAGCCCUGCUCUGACCAGGGCCCUCCUGUCUUUUUCUCACUCAUCAAACUACUGCUGGCCUGUGUCCUCUGCUACCUCUUCAUAAGGUACUGCUCCACCCACCCAGGGGGGCCCCAGAGGGUGCCUCUCGAGGCCGCUGACGGGGCUCUGAAAUCGGGUUGGUCUCGUCGAGAGGUCCUGGAGGACUACUACGAGCGCUGGGUGCGUCUGUCUCCUCACGUCCUGGGGCACAGCAAGGCCCACGUGGCCAAACUGGUCGGGGAGCUGGUCAGAGCCGGACGUGCCACUGGAGGUAUCCCAGAGUCCUCUCUGGCGUUCCGGGGAGACUUCCUGCAGGUGGGCAGUUCAUACGAGGAGCACAAGGUGGGCGCUCCAGACUACUAUGACAUCCUGGUACCUCUGAAGAUACCCCGAGAACUCAGACUGGAGCCACGAGUAUACAGGGGGGAGAGGAGGGGGGAGGAGAAGAAGGAUGAGAGAGGAGAGGAGAAGGGGGAGGGCAAGAGGGAUGUGAGGGGGGAGGGGAAAAAAGAGAAGGGGGACAAGAGAGCUGAGGAAAAUAACAAGAGGGUGGAGGUUAUAGAGAAUAGGAGAAAGUCAGGGAAGGGGGAGGGCAAGGAGGAUGUGAGGGAGCAGAGGGGGGAGGUUAAAGAGAAUAGGAGAAAGUCAGGGAAGGGGGAGGGCAAGGAGGAUGUGAGGGAGCAGAUGGGGGAGGUUAAAGAGAACGGGAGGAGGUCGGGGAAGGGGGAGGGCAAGGAGGAUGUGAGGGGGGAGAGGGGGGAGGUUAAAGAGAAAGGGAGGAGGUCGGGGAAGGGGAACAUGAUGAGGGUAAGAAGCAAUAAAGUGAAGGAAGUCUUGAAGGACGACAGCAAGGUGGAGGAGCAGACAGAGGUCCAAGAAGAAGGGAAGGAAGUCUUGAAGGACGAGGUGAAGGAAGAGAUGAAAGCGGAAAGCUCAGAGGACGGUGGGUGGAGCGGCGUGCCGCGGUGCAGUCUAGAGACGCCUCGCCGUGGGGACUGGCUACGAAAACACCGCAACUUCACUGACACCUUUUUACGAAUGCACCCUUCUCGGGGGUUGCCCGAAAGGUCAUCGAGCUCAUUGUCAGGGGUCACGGCAGUGUCAGGAGAAGGAGGAGGAGGAGGAGGGGGCGGAGUCUAUCGCCUGACCCCGGACUCCGUCCUCCGUUGGUUCUACCCGGCGGUCCAGCGUUGCCUAGCAACCGUGCGCUACCCUUUCGAGCAGCGCUGUACGCUGAGUCUGGCACUCGCCGACGACCGUGUGCAGCUCCGCCUCACACCGCGUUCCGACUACGUCUGCUGUCACAUCUCCAUGGCAAUACGGCUCCUCCCUGCCAUCCCCCUCGGAGACGGGAUCUACCUGGUUCCCAUGGAAACGACGGCCUCAGCGGCGAUGUCAAAUACAGACCAGCACCAGAACCAGCAGAGCGAUGAGAGGGACCUGUGGACUUGUUCUUCCCCCGCCAGGAGCAGCGUCUGCUGGGCUGGCUCCGUGGCCGCUCACCACAGCCCUCCUGCCACCUCAAGGUGCUCCAGCUGACCAAGGCCCUGCGUGACCUUGGUGGCCAGGCACUGGACAGCCACCGGGGGGCGCUCUGGAGGUCAGUCCUCUCCUCCUACACGCUGAAGACGGCCUGGCUGCGUCUGCUACUCAGCUCUCCUGCAGAGGCCUGGGAGGAUCGCCACCUGGUGGCCAGGAUGGAGGAGCUGGUCCGCAGCCUGAGGGAGAGCCUCCAGAACCGGGCUCUGGAUCACCUCUUCCUGGGGAGCGACAGCAGCUCCAUCUUACCUGACUCUGUGGCUCUACCUAAGUUGGUCAAGGAGGCGGUGGGAGCUCCAGUGGGGGGUCCAGUGGAGGGUUCAGGGGGAUGUUUGGGGGGUUCGACGGGGAACCUCUGGGCAGGUGUGGACCCAGCCUCGUUGGACCUAGUGUCUGGCCGGUUGGCGUAUGCCUGGAGCCAUCUCCACCGGCUGAUCAGGUUGGGCCGACCCCAGAGGAGUAGCUUGGGGCUGGGAAGGGCAGGCAACAUAAACUGCCAGCAUCUGCAACCUGGAGAAUAACACACUUAAAAGGAUUACAGGUGAAAACAGACAGAUACAUAGACAGAUGGGAUGGAGGAAACACCAGGCUACAGGUGAAAACAGACAGAUACACAGACAGACGGGAUGGAGGAAACACCAGGCUACAGGUGAAAACAGACAGAUACAUAGACAGACGGGAUGGAUGAAACACCAGGCUACUUGGACAUCCAAUGGUUGUACAGGAGCUACUGGUCUAGAAUAAAACGAAAGCCUAAAACCGUGAUGGGAUGUUCUCUGAGUCAUCCCUCUUAACCAGUCACGAAUGGAAAUUAUAGGGAAUGUGUGAAUUAGUAAUUUAUGAAUUAGUAAUUUAUGAAUUAGUAAUUUAUGAAUUUGUAAUUUAUGAAUUUGUAAUGAAUACAUGUGGAAUUUUUCCCUGGUACCUAAUGAAUGAGGUUUAAUUCAUAACCAGAGUGAUUGUAUGUCUGCUUCUGUCUGUGUCCCUAUUGGAACCCUAUUCCGUAUUUAGUGCACUACUUUCCCAUAGGACUCUGGUCCAAAGUAGUGCACUAGGCAAUAGGGUGCCUUUUGGGAUGCACUUCUGUGUUCUGUGCUGUAUGUAUUAUCAGGCAAUGUAACGGCAGGGUACACUCCCAGUUCAGAGACAGACAGUAUAACAGCAGGGUACACUCCCAGUUCAGAGACAGACAGUGUAACAGCAGGGUACACUCCCAGUUCAGAGACAGACAGUGUAACAGCAGGGUACACUCCCAGUUCAGAGACAGACAGUGUAACAGCAGGGUACACUCCCAGUUCAGAGACAGACAGUGUAAUAGGCAGGGUACACUCCCAGUUCAGAGACAGACAGUGUAAUAGGCAGGGUACACUCCCAGUUCAGAGACAGACAGUGUAACGGCAGGGUACACUCCCAGUUCAGAGACAGACAGUGUAACAGCAGGGUACACUCCCAGUUCAGAGACAGACAGUGUAAUAGGCAGGGUACACUCCCAGUUCAGAGACAGAGAGUGUAAUAGGCAGGGUACACUCCCAGUUCAGAGACAGACAGUGUAAUAGGCAGGGUACACUCCCAGUUCAGAGACAGACUGUGUAACAGCAGGGUACACUCCCAGUUCAGAGACAGACAGUGUAACAGCAGGGUACACUCCCAGUUCAGAGACAGACAGUGUAACAGCAGGGUACACUCCCAGUUCAGAGACAGACAGUAUAACAGCAGGGUACACUCCCAGUUCAGAGACAGACAGUGUAACAGCAGGGUACACUCCCAGUUCAGGGACAGACAGUGUAACAGCAGGGUACACUCCCAGUUCAGAGACAGACAGUGUAACAGCAGGGUACACUCCCAGUUCAGAGACAGACUGUGUAAUAGGCAGGGUACACUCCCAGUUCAGAGACAGACAGUGUAAUAGGCAGGGUACACUCCCAGUUCAGAGACAGACAGUGUAACGGCAGGGUACACUCCCAGUUCAGAGACAGACAGUGUAACAGCAGGGUACACUCCCAGUUCAGAGACAGACAGUGUAAUACGCAGGGUACACUCCCAGUUCAGAGACAGACAGUGUAAUAGGCAGGGUACACUCCCAGUUCAGAGACAGACAGUGUAAUAGGCAGGGUACACUCCCAGUUCAGAGACAGACAGUGUAAUAGGCAGGGUACACUCCCAGUUCAGGGACAGACAGUGUAAUAGGCAGGGUACACUCCCAGUUCAGAGACAGACAGUGUAAUAGGCAGGGUACACUCCCAGUUCAGAGACAGACUGUGAGACAGCAGGGUACACUCCCAGUUCAGAGACAGACAGUGUAAUAGGCAGGGUACACUCCCAGUUCAGAGACAGACUGUGAGACAGCAGGUUACACUCCCAGUUCAGAGACAGACUGUGAGAAGGCAGGGUAAAGUGACUAGGCAUCAGGAUAGAUAAUAAUAAGGUAUUUGAGGUAGAUAUGUAGAUGAAGGCAGGGUAAAGUGACUAGGCAUCAGGAUAGAUAAUAAUAAGGUAUUUGAGGUAGAUAUGUGCAUGAAGGCAGGGUAAAGUGACUAGGCAUCAGGAUAGAUAAUAAUAAGGUAUUUGAGGUAGAUAUGUACAUGAAGGCAGGGUAAAGAGACUAGGCAUCAGGAUAGAUAAUAAUAAGGUAUUUGAGGUAGAUAUGUACAUGAAGGCAGGGUAAAGUGACUAGGCAUCAGGAUAGAUAAUAAUAAGGUAUUUGAGGUAGAUAUGUACAUGAAGGCAGGGUAAAGUGACUAGGCAUCAGGAUAGAUAAUAAUCAGAGUAAAAUAGCGACAGACUCUGUGUGUGUGCUGCCAGUUUCCAUGGAGACGAGGGGGUCACUCGCUCCUGAGUCGUGUGUCGUGUCUGGUGAAUAAUGCUGUGAAAAUACACACACACACACAGACACAGACACGUCGAUCUGCCACUUCACUCAGCUCUCAUGUCUGACAAAUCUUCCACUUGAGUCUGUCAGUCAGUAUAUUUUAGUGUGUGUGUGUGUGUGUGUGUGUUUGUGUGUGUGUGUGUAUUUUCACAGCAUUAUUCAUUAUAGUGUUAUAGUGUUAUGACUCUAUUAUUGUCAGGUAGGGACCUGUUAGUUAUUCGCUGCUGUCUGUAGUCUGUCCUCAGGACCGGUCUGGACUUGUGUCAGGGAAUUUUACCAGCCUUCUACAGUCACAGCCACAGUCACCACAGUACGUGUGUGUGUUCGCUCCUUAAUGGCAGCCCAUUCCUUACAUAGGUCUGAUGAAUUAGCCUGGAUGAUGGGCCCCACGGCGCAGGGAGAACUGUAACCAGACUGGACAUAGGUCUGAUGAAUUAGCCUGGAUGAUGGGCCCCACGGCGCAGGGAGAACUGUUACCAGACUGGGCAUAGGUCUGAUGAAUUAGCGUGGAUGAUGGGUCCCACGGCGCAGGGAGAACUGUUACCAGACUGAGCAUAGGUCUGAUGAAUUAGCGUGGAUGAUGGGCCCCACGGCGCAGGCAGAACUGUUACCAGACUGGGCACCAUACUUUGUCCACAUACUUUUGACCGUGUGAAAUGCAGUACACUAUAUAGUGAAUGGGGGGCCAUGUGGGAUGUAUUUCCCUGGUUAAAUGCAGUACACUAUAUAGUGAAUGGGGGGCCAUGUGGGAUGUAUUUCCCUGGUUAAAUGCAGUACACUAUAUAGUGAAUGGGGGGUCAUUUGUGACUCUCCCUGUGUACCGAACGUUUAGUCACGGGACUGGUGGCACCACGACGCUUCGACGCUUGAGAGGCUUAAAAAAGCAGAACGGAAUCUAAAAUACGGAACUUUACACAAGUCUUCCAGUCAAACUAAAACACCAAAGAAAGGAACAUAAUAAAACAGUCUCAGAAAUGUGUUUUAAAGGGGCUGUUCACGCUAAAAACAGGUUAUUUACAUGUCUCAGAAAUGUGUUUUAAAGGGGCUGUUCACGCUAAAAACAGGUUAUUUACAUGUCUCAGAAAUGUGUUUUAAAGGGGCCGUUCACGCUAAAAACAGGUUAUUUACAUGUCUCAGAAAUGUGUUUUAAAGGGGCCGUUCACGCUAAAAACAGGUUAUUUACAUGUCUCAGAAAUGUGUUUUAAAGGGGCUGUUCACGCUAAAAACAGGUUAUUUACAUGUCUCAGAAAUGUGUUUUAAAGGGGCUGUUCACGCUAAAAACAGGUUAUUUACAUGUCUCAGAAAUGUGUUUUAAAGGGGCUGUUCACGCUAAAAACAGGUUAUUUACAUGUCUCAGAAAUGUGUUUUAAAGGGGCUGUUCACGCUAAAACAGGUUAUUUACAUGUCUCAGAAAUGUGUUUUAAAGGGGCUGUUCACUCUAAAAACAGGUUAUUUACAUGUCUCAGAAUGUGUUUAAAGGGGCUGUUCACGCUAAAAACAGGUUAUUUACAUGUCUCAGAAAUGUGUUUUAAAGGGGCCGUUCACGCUAAAAACAGGUUAUUUACAUGUCUCAGAAAUGUGUUUUAAAGGGGCUGUUCACGCUAAAAACAGGUUAUUUACAUGUCUCAGAAAUGUGUUUUAAAGGGGCUGUUCACGCUAAAAACAGGUUAUUUACAUGUCUCAGAAAUGUGUUUUAAAGGGGCUGUUCACGCUAAAAACAGGUUAUUUACAUGUCUCAGAAAUGUGUUUUAAAGGGGCCGUUCACGCUAAAAACAGGUUAUUUAUAUGUCUCAGAAAUUUAUUUAAAGGGACUAUUUCUCAGAUGUUUUAAUGUCUCAGAAAAUGUGAUGUCCGAUGUCAAGUAGAGUCAAAGAUGUUUAAUAUAGAUUCUAUAUAAGGAGAAUAUGUAUUAGGAGAAAUCAAAGCCGAAAUGGAGAAACAUUGGUACAGUGAACUAUCCCUUUAAGAUAUGAAUGUAUGUGUAUAUGAAACUAUCCCUUUAAGAUGUAUGUGUAUAUGAAACUAUCGUUUCUUUAAAGGUACAGUAGCUAUAUUUAUGUUGUAAACUAUGUUGUACUUAAUGUACAUAGAAAUUUCUGUUUUAUAUAAGAGGCAAUCUGUAUUUAUUUUUAAUGUAAUUUUAAGGCUUCAUGUAUUUAUACUGAAAUAAACUCCUUAUAUUUUA